AUGGGUAACCCUGAGGGAGAUGACAAACCUAACAAGAAGAAGUACGACCCAAGAGUGUGGGUUAGAGAGGGUGAGAAGACCAUGUCCAAGAGAGUCACUGAAGCCUUGGAAAUCUUCCACACUACCAACAAAUUGUAA